GUUUCAUUAAUCCGAGCGCGCUCAGAUAUUGACUGUACUUGCCAUUGGGGUCCAAACCCCUAAUUCCUCACAAAAAAAAUAAAAAUUUCCCCACUCCCUCAUCAUCGUCCGUCCUCCCUCCUUCUCUCACACGCUCUCUUUCUCGUUUUUUCCCCCCGUCGGCCCUCCAAACUCCUCCAUCCUCAGGCGAGUGGCGAGCAACCUGACUUUGCCCCUAUUCCCGUCCAGCGCUGCCGGCAGAUGCCUUGUCCAAUCUUCCGUCGCCGAACUCAUCGUCCCCAUCUAUUCGUCAGUAGUAGCUCUGGUGUUUAGCGUUCACAUGCAAGUGUUCAAUUUGGGUGAAGUAGAUUGACCAAAUCCAAACCCCAACCCUUCGAUAUAUUCUAGCAUUUGAAUUUUGAUUUGGGGAUCUUGAUUUGGAUUUGGCUAUCAAGAGAGAUCGAGAGAGAGUAAUUGGUCGACAAGGAACUGGGAAGAGGAGGGGAUUCAAGAUUGGGGUUGUUGUUGAUUUGUUUCGGUAUAUUUCACAGAAAAGGGUUAUGGGUUUUGUAAUUGAAGGGAUGAUGAUGAUAAGUUUGAGAUAGAUGAAUCUUUCCGGGAAUAAGCAGUGUCGAUUAACAGUUUCCAUCUGUUUAGCGUCUGCAGAUUUCUUCAUUAAGCAUAAUGUUUGGCGUCAGGAGAACAUUGGCCUCCUGUGAAAGGGGGCUUCACAUGUUGUCCCGUGGCGAUGGUCCUUCGGAGACAUUGAGAAGAAGGGUAUCAGAGUUGGAGAAGUUGAGGAAACGGAAGAACCCCAGAAAGCAUGAACUUUUUGUGCAAGUUCCUGAAUCGUUGAAGUUCCUCGACACUGCUACAAUGCCGAUGAUUCUCACUGUUGUGGGUACUGCACUCGUCGCAAAGCUCCUAAUGAUGUAUGAUCAAUCGAAAUCAGAAGAAAUGAUCGAGCGCAAAAUUGAGCAUGCUCCUCCAGGUCAAGGCACCGUGAGGAUGCUUAGUCGUGAGGAAUGGGAAGAAAUUCGAGAAGUGAGGCCUAGAACUCCUUUUGAAUCUAAGCUUGCUCGACCAAGAGCCCAAAUAAGAACUGAUGAUGCCAUCAGCGUGAUCUGAAGGAUUGGACCAUAGAUGUCCUGACAGAUGGUUUCACUCGCAUUGAAGAAGCCACCAAACGCCAUUAGCUGCAUGUGAAAAUGCUGAUGAGUUUGAUCCUUGCAUACUGAAACUAACACUAUGAAUUUGAUCACUCCCGUUGAGAAGGAGAGAGGAAGUGUUUGUGGGAAGAAGAAGAAGAAGAGUGACGAAAGGUUUGGUCGACUCAUUUUACUUGGUCAAAUAGUUAAAACAGAAAGGUUUGAAAGUGUUUGACUGAGUUUGACCAAAUGCAGUGAAAAUGAAAGUGAACACGAGGAUCUUAUAGGAUGAUCAGUUUUAGUCAAAAUUGAUAUGAUAUGUUGGGUUCACCUUGCUUUAUUCAUUAUGAUGACAAAUCAAUAUUUGAGUCUGUGACAUGAGCUAGCUAUCUAUAUUGGUCAAAGGUUGGGCUUCGAGCUUGCUCAUUAUCCUCAGAGGUUGCGAUGAAGGUUUAACAAUAUUAUUUAUAAACUAGCUUUUACUCGAUCUGUUGGUCGGUGGACCCAAAUUUCGUUUUAAUUUGUAUUAUUUAUGGUUAUCAAUAUUUAUAUUUUAAAUCAUUUAAAUAUUUAGUCUUAGCAUGAUGUGAAAG